AAGAAGGAAACGGCGACGACGGAGAAAGCAGUCGGAAUUCUUGAGAUUCGAACGGGAACGUCUGCAAAUCCAGCUCCGAAACCCUAAUUCCGAACUGUAUCCAACUCAAGGAGAGAGAGCAGGAGACUAGAAGAGAAUGGAGAAGAAAGGAAGUAAGCCAAUGGAAUUGCUGAAUCAACUAGUAUCGGAGCCAUAUUAUCUCCUCCAUUUCCUCGCUUUCUUCUCCUAUUUCGUUGUCCGCAGCUCUGCUUCUUCCAUCCUCUCUCCGCCAAUCACUCAACUUCUCUUUUACCGGGAGAUUCAAGCGGUUUUAGCAUUUUUGGUUUUGAUUACAGUCAAGUUUGUGAGAGAAGAAACAUGGGAGGCUUUUAUUUCCGAUACACUGUUUUUCGGGAAGCUUUUCCUUAUUGCUAUUACUUUGAUAAUGGAUUACCACUUGACAUUGUGGUACAUUGUGGGUUUCUCAGUGAUUUAUGUUUUAUCUCAACAACCUCCGUGUUCAGAGCUAGGUACUUCAAGUAAAUUAACACCUCUGCAGUUGGAAACCCUUCUUACAGAAGGGAACACAUCAAGAUUUUGGCUGGUUGGUUGUUCUGGAGUACUUAAUUUUCAAAACUUAUUUUCUGUUAUAUGAAUGCACACCUUUCUGUUGCUUAACAAAUGGUUAUGAUGCCUUCCAUAGCAGUUAGUUACACUUGCACCUAUUUGGCUAUAUGUCAUGAAGAAAUAAGGAAAACUGGUAUUGUUGAUUGGUUAGAGUUUUAUGUUGACAGCUAGAAUGAAGGUUCAUUCUAGUGACCAAGGAAAAAGAUUCACUGUUGAAAUAUCAUCUCUUAAGAAGUUUUAUUUUCCCAUUGGUUUUCUGCUUUUAGAUGAAUGACAAACAUACUUCUGGCAGGUAGAGUUCUGCAAUUCAUGCUCUUCCAGCUGCAUACGUGUUAGUCGGGUCUUUCCCGAACUCUCAGUCACCUAUUCAAACAAAAAUUUAUCUUUUGGAAUAGUUGAUCUUGGACUUUUCCCAAAUGCUGCAGAAAAAUUUGGAAUCUCUCUCGGUGGGAACAUGGGCCAACUUCCUACAUAUAUUUUGUUUGAGAAUGCAGCUGAGGUCACACGCUUUCCAGAGUUCAAUUUUGAAGUAAAACCUUCUCAUCCUCCCAUAACUAAGAGACUUCUUGCCCAUCAUUUUGAACUUGAUCGGCAUCUUCUUGAAUACAUAAAUGGCAAAUAAGUAAUUCAUGCUCUAUACUUGGCAGUUCAAGGCUUUGCCACUUUGGUUUCUGCAUUUUUCUACACUGAUUUUACUUCAAAAGAGAUUUUGCACUUAUUAGAUUUGCCAGAUGAGAAAGGUUAAAAUCAUGGAUAUCCUGCUUUGUAAAGUUUGUCACCAUUUAGUUAGGUUUUUGUAUUAUGCAACUGUGGUGGAUUUUUGCAAACCUAUACUUGGUGCGUUGUUGUUUGUUGUAUUUCCGGGGGGAGCUGCGUUAGUUGUGAUUCUUCUCUUGGCUUGUAUAAGAUGUUGUGUCCACACAGCUGCUAUUGGGGCUGUAUUUGGUUGGUUUUGGGCACAUGGACUGGACCAUAAUUUUAGAUUUUCAAAAAUUAAGAUGCUCGUCUUUUACAGAUAGGUUGGAUGGCAACCUUUCUGAACCCGUUCUAAUUGAAGCCCAACCUAAGGCCCCGCAGCUCAUUGUUGGAUGGAUUUAGCUCAUUACUUUAUAUUAUGAUAUUUUAACCUUUCACUUGUUAGAAUUUAAGAAAAUAGAUCUCACUUA